ACUAUAGAAAUGAUGUUAGACAAAAAGCAAAUUCAAGCAAUUUUUUUAAAUUCAAGUUCAAAAUGGGUCAUAAAGCAGCAAAGACAACUCGCAAUGUCAACAACACUUUUGGCCCAGGAACUACUAUUGAACAGACAGUGCAGUGGUGGCUCAAGAAGUUUUGUAAAGGAGACCAGAGCCUUGAAGAUGAGGAGCAUAGUGGCUGGCCAUCAGAAGUUGACAAUGACCAAUUGA